AUGUUCGCUAAGCCAUAUAAAUUAAAAUCUAACAAUACUUUAAAGAAUUCAGAAAAAAAACACCUAGCACAACGCAUACAGGAUGAGUUCCCGUCCGCAACCAUAGAAAAAGUAAAAGAAAUAGUUUCUGUAAAAUCGACAUGUAUCUGUAUGAAAUUAGUUCUGCACUCAGGCGACUUGGUGAACGUUUACUCAGUAGAUGGCAUACCUAUGGUCAUAGAGACGGGUGAAGCACUCAUCCCUACAGUCUGUGCCUUGUGGAAGGUGCCUAACUUAGUGCCUGUACUGGCAAUUCACACUCCAGUACUUCCCAAGGUUCAAGGUGGUGCACCUGUGUACCUGCCUGGAGUGGCUAUUCCGAGCGGGGGCAUUGGAUUCCCAAUGUUUCAGCGAGGCAGUCUCAUUGCUAUGUGCACCCAAGAGAAUGCUGCCGCCUGCAUUGUGGGAAGGGCUGCAAUGUCCAGUGCAGACAUGCUGCUGCGACCUGCAGGUGUGUGUUUGGAAACUCUACAUGUUUUUGGUGACUUAUUAUGUAAGGAUAACAAGUUCAGCAAAGUAGAGAGGCCUAGACUAGGCCCUGCAGGUCACAGCCCCACAGACAUCACAAUAGACUUGACUGCACAUGUUACUCAGCUAUCCAUUCAGCCAUCAGUGAGAGAAGAGUGGCCCAGUCUGGGCAGGCAGGCGCCGUCCGCGCCGGUCUCUGUACAGAACGAACCUACUGUCAUACCCGACAACCUGCAGGAUGAGGCACAGCUCACACAGGAGGACAAUACAGAUGACACACUAUUAACUGAAGACUCCCAGAUAGAAGAGGAUGAUAUCCCGACAGACAUGGAUGGUUUACUGCAAUGGUGCUUACUGUCCUUCUUGAAGUUGGAAGCAAAGAACAUUGAAUUACCACUCAAAACGAAUCUUCUAUACGGGACCUAUUUAACAGCUCUGUGUCCACCUGACCGUACAUUAGAAGUAAAAAAAUCUUCAUAUAAAAAAUUUGGAAAGUUCCUUGAAGUCAUGCAUCAGGAAGGUUUGCUUGAGGUGCGGGAAAUAGAAAAAGGCGUCGAUGCCGUAGUCGCGGUGAACGUGUCACACCCUAAAGUGCGCGCGCACGUCCCGGGCGAGCGAGUAGCGCCGGCGCAGACUGGAGCCGCGCCUGAAUACGUGGCGCCGCAGGUACGCGAGAUGUUCUGCGUCACUGCUAAUGUCGCCGACCUCUUCGCCCCGCUCAAGAAAGGCACGGCGCUGACGGCGGCCGAGGUCCGCACGACACUCACGGAUUACGUGAAGAUACGCCAGCUGAACUCGCCGCAGCUGAAGGGAGCGGUCGUCUUAGACGCAGUACUUGCUAAGAUUACCGGGAAACCUGAACAGGAGGCAAUGAAAUGGGACGUAUUGAUGUCGAGCGUGCAGGGGAAGAUGACGCCUAGUACUGAGAUGCGGUUCUCUGACGGCACUGUCAAGCUAACCAAGACCAAGCUCGAGCCGGUCAAGAUGCAGGUCGCGUCUCGAAGUGGAAACAAGAAGGUGACGUUAGUAUCGAACCUGGAGCAGUUUGGGUUCAACCUGGCAGCGCUGAGCCACGUGUGCCAGACGGGCGUGGCGGCGUCGUGCGGAGUCACUCGCUCGCCCGGCGCCCGCGCAGACCAACUCAUGUUGCAGGGAGACCAGACAUACUUUGUUGCCAAACUGCUCAUAGAGAAGUAUGGCUUACCAAAGAAAUUUGUGGAAGGUGCAGACAAAGCACUCAAGAAGAAGAAAUGA